AUGCAAAUUGAAGAUUUUCUGUACCAGAAAAAUCUAUAUCAACCCCUCUCAGGAAAACAACCAGAGGGCAUGAAGAAUGAAGACUGGGCUCUUCUCGAAAGACAAGCCCUCGGAGUUAUCCGACUGACGUUAUCCCGUAAUGUUGCUUUCAACAUAGCAAAGGAAAAGACCACGGCGGGUCUUAUGGCUGCUCUCUCCAAUAUGUAUGAGAAGCCAUCGGCC